UCGCAGCAGCAGCCACUACCUAGCUUUCAGCAGCUCUAGCAAUAAUGGCCACCGCCCUCAGCAGCCUCCGCGCGCCGGCCAGCAGCUUCUCCGGCGUCCGCGCCGCCCCGGCACCCGCGGCGCCCGCCAUCGUCGCCAUGCCCGCCGCCAAGCAGCAGGUUGCCCGCGGCGCCAGGCUGCGCGCCCAGGCGACCUACAACGUGAAGCUCGUCACGCCCGACGGCGAGGUGGAGCUGCAGGUGCCCGACGACGUGUACAUCCUGGACCAGGCCGAGGAGGAGGGGAUCGACCUUCCCUACUCGUGCCGCGCCGGGUCCUGCUCCUCCUGCGCCGGCAAGGUCGUCUCCGGCUCCGUCGACCAGUCCGACCAGAGCUUCCUCGACGACGACCAGGUCGCCAGCGGCUGGGUGCUCACCUGCCACGCCUACCCCACCUCCGACGUCGUCAUCGAGACCCACAAGGAGGAGGAGCUCACCGCUUAAUAUACAAUUAAUUAAGCUCGCUCCAUCGUGCGUCGAUAUAUAUCAUCAUCAUCUAGUAUAUCUGAAUCUGCCUGCCUUGCAAGAGAUGUUGUAAUCGAUCGAGUUGACGAAGCCGGCCGCCGGAGAAAUUUCUUCCUAGCUUUAAUUUGUAUCAUCCAUCAUGCAUGUCGGUCAAGCAAGCUAAGCAUCGGCAGCAGGGCCAUCUGUUACCGUCGCAGUACCUGCGUGCUUGGUCUCUGUAUCAUUCACCAUUUUUACUGCAUGCGGAUGCAUCAUCUACUUCUCAUCAAAGUUAUUAAUUAAUAAUGUUUUUUCCUCUUUA